AUGGAGAGAAUAAAAUCGAAUACUGCAGUACAUGAUGUGGAAGUCAGAAAAGGACCAUGGACGAUGGAAGAAGACUUGAUUCUUAUCAACUACAUAGCUGAUCAUGGUGAAGGUGUUUGGAACACUCUUGCCAAAUCCGCAGGUCUUAAAAGAACAGGAAAAAGUUGUAGGCUUAGAUGGUUAAACUAUCUUCGACCAGAUGUGAGAAGGGGAAAUAUUACACCUGAAGAACAACUCUUGAUUAUGGAGCUUCAUGCGAAGUUUGGUAACAAGUGGUCGAAAAUUGCAAAACAUUUGCCUGGAAGAACGGAUAACGAAAUAAAGAAUUACUGGAGAACAAGAAUUCAAAAGCAUAUGAAGCCAGCUGUGAAUUUCAAUGGACAAACUUCUUCAUGUCACAACAACCAACCACAAAUGACCUCAAUUCAGACAUGCAGUGCUAUAACUCCGAUGGAAUUAUCACACUAUUCUACAUGCGAUAGUGUUAUUAAUUUCCCAAGCUCAUUUGACACUGAGACAAACGAGAACACAUGGAGUAUGGAGGAUUUAUGGUCCUUGCAGUUGCUAAAUAAUGACUAA